CAAAUAGAUUAACUCUCCAUGGUCCCGUGCAACGAUGUUUUUGACGAGGCCCAUCAGGAGAUCAUACAGUGCGUGGAUGUGGAUUUAAUAUUAUCCUGCUUAGGAAUUUGGGGAAGAGAUGGGUGGGUACUCGACUGAUUGUUUAUGCGUGUCUGAACCCUUGGUGUUACUGUUGGAAACCUUGUCGGAUCUGCAUCUCACAGACGUCAGGACCAGGUUGAAAAGUGGUGCAAGACUCUGACAUUUGCUUUGGAUCAUGGCGCUCAGCAACAACAGGCAAUGAAAAACAGAUACAUUUUUAAAGGCCAACCGGAAACAGAAAGAAAACAAUAAGUACACACAAAGGUCAACCCAACUGGUAUCCAGCUAAGCAGCAGUUGUUGCAUGCUAAAUUAAAUGUGAUAACAAAUUACCAGCGAAACCAAUGGUGUGUGUGCGUUGAACACGUUACGUGCACAAUACCGUGUUAUGAAUCGAGACAGCACACAAACGUCAAAAUUGCUUCAAUGCAAAACGACAUCAAAGUCCACUUUUCUGACAAUUCCGUUAAAAUGGAGAUCAUGGAAACAGAUCCCGAGCUUCAUGGCCGGCCCAACAGCUUCUGUGAUGAUACACAAGACAUGCCAGACCAGCUAUACCCUCCAGUUGGGGUAGAUGAACGGGAUGGACAUUUUUCUGGAAGUGGAAUUGAGGAAAGUGACAGAGUCGACGUUUGCGAUUCCACAGCCCUGUUACAAGCUGUCGUGUUUGUGGAAGAUGCUGUGCAUUACCGAAGUAUCAACCAUAAAACAGAUAGAGUUUCACUCUGGUAUUAUAGAGUGUAUUAUUCCAGAAUUGUGCAAUGGUCCCUCAGUCUUGCCAUUGCUACCAUCCUGUUAGUAGCGUUCUUUGAAUAUCCGUCAUCCAUUACAAGUGGCAACUCAUCGGACCCACGGUAUCGAGGUCAAAGGUUGAACCCACCUUGUGGUGUCAUGGAAGCCAUUGAGAUCACCUGUCUUCUUAUCUUCACUGCAGAUCUAGGCAUGAAGACAUACCUUAGAGGAACCAAGCAGUUCUUUAAGUCUCCAUGGUUGAUUGCCUAUGUUCUCGUCAUCAUAGCAUCGCUUGUAGAUUGGAUUUUCACAAUUAACGGUUCCUGUGGAACGAUGGUCCGGUUUCGUCGGAUGCUUCGUCCAUUCUUCCUUCUCCAAAACUCAACUCUGAUGAAGAAAACAGUUCGAAGCAUUAUCCGUACUCUACCGAAGGUUGCUAGUGUGCUAUUACUGCUAUUGGUUCAUCUCUACUUCUUCACUAUGGUAGGCAUGCUGAUCUUCCCACAACCUCAGCAUGCCAUAUCACCUGGUUCAAAAACAGCGUCCCCUUCACCAGAUAAGAAACAAUCAACAGAUCUGCCCACAACUCAGCCGCCAAUCACAGCAGACAAGUACGCUGAGGCUACACUGUUCUUCCCUGAUAUCCUGACUGGCUUCAUGAGCCUGUUUAUUUUGCUGACUACUGCUAACAAUCCAGAUGUUACGAUGCCAGCGUACAUGUUCAACAGAUUCUACUGCUUGUACUUCAUUGUCUUCCUCAUUAUCGGGCUGUACUUUUUCUUCAAUAUGCUGACAGCUGUAAUCUACAAUGAGUUCAGAGGUUAUCUAUUGCACUCCAUGCAGAGUAGCCUCUUACGGCGACGUCUUGGUUUCCAAGCAGCCUUUGAGAUGCUCAGGAGACAAGGCAGACCAACCCUCACUACGGCUAGGAUCAAUAUCGGCACAACGCUAAGCGUCAGUGUCGUCAAGGCGGUUGUGCUGCAGACAAACAUGAAGAAGAGCGCCAAGGCGGCUAUAAUUGCCGAUUUGGAUGAAAACAUGGGUGGAUCCUUGACGUCAACGGACUUCCAGCAACUUUUUGAUGUCUUAGAUCGAGUCACUUCAAGACGCAGAAAGCCGCCAGUUAUAUUGAAGAACAACAGAUAUCUGAGGAAGCUUCAACAUUGUAUAACACACAGAUUCUACAAUUACUGUGGUGCUUUUGUAGCCAUGUGCAAUGUGAUUGUUAUAUCAGUGGAGGUCCAGUUUGAGUACGAUUCCAGCUUCUACGAUAGAGACAACAUUCUGUCAAGUGUCAACUUCAUCUUCAUCUUGUACUAUGUCUUAGAACAGUUAUUGAAAAUCUGGGCCUACGGCUGCAAGAGGUAUGCGAUGUCAAAGCUUAACAUAUUUGAUGGACUUCUUACUCUUCUACUUGUAUUCAUUGAGAUCAUGUAUGCUGUAGUGAAUGGAAACCUAUUCGGUCCCAAGGGGAAUAACAUUGACUCUGAAGCUAUUCCUUUGUUUGAUCUCGUCCGUAUCAUCAAUAUCCUCAUCAUCUUCAGAUUAUUCCGACUAAUUACUCACUUCCAGACGAUGUCGGUUAUCGCAGCCACGCUAUUUGGUCUCAUCAGAAACCUACGUGCAUUCAUUGGGAUAUUAGUGGUAAUUUAUUACAGCUUUGCUGCGAUUGGGAUGGAGUUAUUUAGCGAUGCAAUCCCUAUGCCUUCAAGUACAAAUCUAAGUGACAGCAGCCAGAUCGUGUGUGGUUCCUACAACCAGCUUCAGUACUGGGCGAACAACUUUGAUGAUUUUGCUGCUGCAUUGGUCGUACUCUUUGACAUAAUGGUUGUUAAUAAUUGGCACGUGUUCCUGAAGGAGUAUGCUGAUGUCACAAGCAAGUGGUCGCAUUUAUUUUUCAUAGCCUGGUACUUUGUGUCAGUGUUAGUCUGCCUGAAUGUAUUCACUGCUCUCAUUCUGGAGAAUUUUAUUACAAAAUGGGAUCGUGAGCAGCAAGUGUUAAGGACAGGUGACCCCAACAACCAACCCAGCUAUCAGAUGUCAGUUCACACAAUGUUCAAGGAUGCCCUCAUAGAGCCAACUGAAGAGGAGUUAAUGGAAGCCCUGAGGAGUCAGCCCCAUAUGAAGGCAUUGCAUCUUUGACUCUAAAAGAGUCACAGACACCACAUAAGGGCAAAAAGUCACAUAUGUUGACCCUGUAUGAACUUCCUGCACCUUCGACCCUUUGAAUGGGCCCAGCUGUUAAGGGUCAAACCCUUUAAGGAUCAUAGAUACUGAAGAGGAGUUGACCCUUUAUGAACUUCCUGCACCUUUGAUCCUUUGAGGGUCAAACCCUUCAAGGGUCACAUAAACUGGAGAGGACUCGACCCUUUGUGAACUUCCUGAACCUUUGGCCCUUUUUGAGUUGCUCCUUUGCUGCCAAACCCUCUAAGGGUUACAUGUGUUGAAUGAGGCAACCUUCUGAAAAAAACUGCACCUCUGACUCUCUAAAGGGUCAUGUUUAGUUCAUGGAGAACGAUGAUGGAAAGAAGAGCUACACUUUUCUGCUGUGCAUCAUGGGUCUACCAAUAGUGCAUUGUGAAACUACCACUACCAGUUGUGCAUUGUGGGAAGAGUCUUUACGGAGAUGGACAGGAGUGCUAACAGCAUAAGGUGGGCUCUUUCCAUUUUAUCAUUUUGUUAUUUUUUCGCACAAUAGGUAUAAUUUUCGGAAUUGUCAUCUUGCCGUUUUGGAAUUAAAGUAUAAAUUACGCUGGAAAUAAUACGCAGACUUCUCGAGGGAGGUGUUGUCAUCUCUUCGUUAAAAAAUUAUAAGUAACAUUCUUCAAGGUCCCUCAUUAGCCACACUUACCAGAGACGGGGAAUUCUAGCCACACCUACAUGUACUUCUAUUGGAUGUUUGUCAUCGAAGCUUCUUGAGCCUUUUUCCAUUGUGCGAGAUGAUAAGUAGUGAUGAUAAAUGAAAUAUAACUUCACAGAGCACAACGUUUGUGAGUUGAAACAUUGAGUUUAUGACAUUAUCACCGGGGGAACUCUUCCAUUGGAUCAGAUAAAGCCUAGAAAGCAGGAUCACUUGAUGGAAUUCGGACUAGUCGAAAGUCCUCAGAAUUUUUAACUGACACUUUUGGCCAGUGGAGCAGCUUGGAUAGAAAAGCUGAAUUAGGUUGUCACUCUGAAGCACCUUAUUGAAGCUCUCUAUAAUAGAAUUAUUUCUCAAGCACCAUUAGCGACAUGUGUUAUACAGUUGUACCGGAUUAUUGAGUCAGUUUGUCUAACACAUUAACAACAAUAACUCUUGGUUCCGCUAUAUUUGGAGUUAGUUUCCCCAUGUGUUUUACAGACAUGAUUUCCGAGAAUGUUUCAUUAUUUCAUGAUUUUUCUGAAAACCUCCUUGAGCCUAUGUAAAGCAGUCGCUAAAGGUAGAAAGAAACGGUCCACAUUGUGUCAAAACCUGUAGUUUAUAAGUGUGCUUGUAAUGAUGCAUCCCCAAGGUCGAUACGAUGUAUAGGCCUAUUGUAUCUUAGGAUUGUUACCCUCCACCUUUCAGAAUCACCCAAUAUUUAAAGGCAGUGGACACUAUUGGUAAUUGUCAAAGACUAGCCUUCACAGUUGGUGUAUCUCAACAUAU